ACAUACGCAUACUGCUCAUUAUUCAAGUAGGUCUGUUUUAAUUUUAGUAAUGGAUUUUCCAGUUAUUAAUUGUUAUUGUUAAAAUUUUCACCUGUAAAGAAUAUCGACCAAACAUCGACUAGUUUUUGCUGUAUAUGAUGUUCCGUUAUGUCUACGAGAGGCUAAAGAAGUUUGCCAACCUUUAGUGAUGAAGAAACUCGUUUGUUGUGUGCUGUUUUUUAACGUCGCGUUUUCUGCUGUAUCUGCUGGAUAUGCACAAGAACAUCGUUCAGGUGAGCUAAACGAACCCUGUCAACUAUACACACAUUGUAGGCAAAAUGCGUAUGUAUGCGCAAAAAAUAGGACUUGUCAGUGUUACCAGGGAUAUGUUGUUAGGAAAUUUUAUGUGCCAGAUAAGUUUAUUGAGAAAUGCGUUGGAGUGAUAGAUCAACCAUGUCAGUAUGACGACCACUGUAUAUUUGACGCAUUUUGUUCGAACAAAACAUGCAAAUGCAAAGAAAAUUUGUUCCAAAGCGAAGAUGGUUAUUCGUGUACAACUUUUGUUCCAGGUGCAUCAACUCAGAACAAAUUCGUAGGAGCCCUUCUAGUAUUUAUAUUAUUAUUCAUAAGGAUAACAUGAUAAAAAACCUAAGGAAUGAUGUGUA